GCCGGCCGCCCCCGCAGGCGUGGGGCGUGCGCUCUCCGAGACCUUCUCCCUGGGCCUCGGAGGGGCGUCUGCUCCCGUCGGUGCCCUUUCCUGGCGGUUUUGCGGCAGCCGUGCUGGACCGAACGUGGAACAGGCGAGAUGAUCGACCCGCAGGCGCUGCUCGCCCCAGGCUUGGCGAGGCCCGCCAGCUCGCACGCCGCCGUGCCGUGCGUCGCGGAGCAGAGGCUUGGCAGCGCUGACGCAAGGACGAGCUCGAGGCGGUCUUCGGAGCCGGGGGUGACGCUGCUUCAGGGCGCGAGAGCGGGCUCGAGGAACAGCAUGGCGCGCCUGCCCGACGAGCCCACGGACGCUUGGGCGGUCAAGGCUGGGCCUGGGGCUGCCUAUAGGGGCGCGAUGUUGGGGCGGCUGUGGCCCUGCCGGGGCGGGCCCGGGGUGAAGAAGCGCCCGCAGCGGCAGGGCGGCCGCUGCCUGGCGCAGCUGCUCGCCGCCCUCCGCGGCCGGCGAUGGCUGCGCGUGUCCUCUGCGUGCGCGGGUUCCGUGGCGCGCGUGGUGGCGGCAGAUCAGGGCGGCGACUGGAGCGUCUUCUGCCCCUGCUGCAAGCGCCCGCUGGCGCUGCGGCUGCAGAGGCUGAGGUGCACGCUCGGCUGCGGCGGCCGGCGCCCGGCGUCUGCCGCGAGGUUCGCGUACGUGGCGGUGCUCUGGGGCUCCGACCCGGACUACGUCCUCGGCGCGAUGGUGCUCGCGCGCUCGCUGCGGGCGAGCGGCACCGCCCAUGACCUCGUGCUGCUGCACACGGCGGCCGUGCCCGAGGCGGCGGCGGCGCUCCUGCGCCGGGCUGGCUGGCAGACCCGCGAGGUGGAGACCGUGAGGGCCACGGACGCCCUGUCUUCGAACGCGUGCCCGCGCUUCGUGGAGGUGUUCACGAAGCUGCACGCGCUCGGCCUGGUGGAGUACGACAAGGUGCUCCUCGUGGACGUGGACACCGUGGUGACCGGCAGCACAUGGACGCACUCUUUGAGUUGCGCGCGCCCGCAGCCAUGGCGCGAGGCCCCUGCUCCCGGUACCGCCACGGAGAGGCGAUAG